AUUGCUAACAUAAUCGACAGACAGCUUUGAGCUAAAAUUCAAUCUCAAAUCCAAUAAAAUCCAUACAAUCUUCAUGCGAAUGCUAGAAUUUUUGGCUAUGUGCCUGCUGUUUCACUGCACCACCGGCCACAUUGUGAUCAAGAGACACUGCCGCCUGCACAAACGAAUGGUCAAUCCGCAUGAGCUUUUGAAUGAUUUUGCAGCCAUCAAGGGAGCAGGAAGCGGUGGAUGUGCCCAAAAAAAUACUGGAAGAUCAGUAAAUCAUGCAGCUGGUUUCUACGAAACGGAAGGUUCAAUGCCAGGCUCGGGAACGGGAGCAGAAUCCAAAUCCCAGGCUUCCUCCGACAAGGGCUGUGAUGGCAACCAAAAGUGCGAUGUGAAGUCAAUAAUCACGCCCGGUGAUCCCAAGCAGAAGUCCUCCAUGAUAGCCAUGAAGGCGGCCCAGGAUGCCAAGGCGGCCAGUGAGGCACAAUCGGCGGCUGGCCAGGCGGCAGCCCAUCAUAUCAAACUGGAGCUGGCGGAGAAGGCCUUCCAAUCGGCCAAGGCCGCCGAGGCUGCCCUGAUGGGUAAACAAAUGAUGGUCGAUCAGCUGGAGCAGGAGGUUCACGAAGCGGAUGCCGUCGUGGAGGAGGAAACCAACUCCAUCCAUCACACGGAGGCCAAUAUGAAUGCCGCCGUGGAUGCGGUGAAAGUGGCCACCCAACAGUUCGAGACCAUCAGUGAGCUACAGAAGACCGCCAAGGAGGUUCUGGCCAAUAUACAGGCAGUGGCCCUGGGAACGCAGCAGGAAAUGGCCGCCAAGACGCAGCUCCUCGAGGCCGCUCGCAACCGGAUGGCCCUGCUCCAGAAACAACUGCUGAGUGCCCACGACGACUACGAGAAGACCAAGCAGGCGGCCUACAAGGCAGCCUGUGCCGCCGUGGAGGCCAAACAAAGGGUCGGACCCGCCUUAUCUUCAUAUUAUAUUUUUUAAGAUUUCAAUAGCUCAAUUGCGAUUUUAAAUGAUUAUUUUAUUCUUAUACCUUCUGAAUAUGUUUUCAGUUACUAAAGAAACGUUUUUAUGAUCUUAAUCCUUAAUCUACAUUUCAAUACCUCAAUUGCGAUUUUAAAUGAUACUUUUAUUCUUAUACCUUAUGAAAAUGUUUCCAGUUACUAAAGAAACGUUUUAAUAAUCUUAGUCCGAGGCAUUUUAAUGUAGAUUUAGUAAAACGACAAAGAAAAUCUUUCAAAUAUAUCAUUUUAUAAAAAACCCCAGGUUAA